AUGGGUCUGACUGAGUUACUAAUGAUCGGAGUUAUAGUUGUGGGAGGAGUGUUUGGCAGACUGAAUUCUCGUCAACCCAGUGGAUAUACACCUCAUAGGAUUGUGGGAGGUGCUGAUGUCCCACCCGGCGAACAUAUACCCUACCAGGUUUCCCUGCAGUACAAAACCCGUGCGGGUCAAAUGCAUUUCUGCGGUGGAUCCAUCAUAGCUCCCAAUCGCAUCCUAACAGCAGCCCACUGUUGUCAGGGGUUAAAUGCCAGUCGCAUGUCUGUGGUGGCUGGAAUCAGGGGUCUAAACGAGAAGGGCUCCCGCUCCAAGGUUCUAUCCUACAGUAUCCAUCCCAAAUACCAAGAACUGGUGACCAGCGAUCUUGCCGUGCUGUCCAUUGAACCUCCUUUGAAACUGAACAAUGGCAGCAUUACUUCCAUUGAGUAUAAAUCUCAGAAAAAAGAGUUCGUGGGCGGUGGAGUUCCGGUGACCCUGACGGGCUGGGGCCUCCGCUUACCGGUGCCCUUUCCCUUUCUGGACGAAGUCAACUAUCCAAAUGUACUCCAGCGGAUGAGUUACCACACGAUCUCGAACAGGGAGUGCCGAGAUGCGGGCAUGGAGAGCGUCACGGAUACGGAAAUAUGCGCAAUAGGACCUUUUAGAGGGGCCUGUUCGGGCGACUCUGGCGGACCUCUGGUAAUGCAAACGGAAAAUGGCCUCAAGCAAGUGGGCAUCGUGUCCUAUGGCCUGGUUGUUUGUGGUCUCUACAUCUCUCCGGAUGUCUACACUCGGGUCUCAACCUUCAGUGAAUGGAUAGGAGAUCAAAUGGAAUCGUAG